AUGGCUUCUGCUGUUGAUUCUCCCCCGGCGCACUCGCCUCCUGCCCAUCCUCCUCAACGACCUCGAGGCAUCCUCAAGAACUCGUAUCAGAAAUCUCCUCCCACCUCGCCGAACCACGAUCAACCUGCUAGUGAUAAGGAGCUCACCAUCGCCAACACUCAGAUCAACGCAGGUCACCGACGAUCUUCCUCUGGAGCUCGUCCCUCUGGAUCCCGCCGACAAUCAGGCGCCAACAGUUCCAUCGGAGACGUUCUCGAGCCCUCGCAACGACUCAAGUGGGACGAGGCAAACCUCUACCUCACGGAGCAGGAGCGCUCCUCUACCAUGAAGAUCACAGAACCAAAGACUCCCUAUGCCAAACACUACGACCCCGCCGAAGACCCGUCGGACGAAGACGAGGAUCCUCUGGCGGACGCUGGUGCUCGUCUUAAGAAUUCACGUCCAAGCCGUGAAGAUGACAUUCCGGGCCUUUCGCUGGGCGAGCCGGAAGAGGAGAUCCCGGAAGCGGGCGCGCCGUCACCCCGCAGCGAAAAGAGCGUCCACGUCGACGACGAGAGCAGCAUCGGGCACAACGCGGAGGAGGAGCUGGCGGGCAUGUCUCCCGAGGAGCGUGAGAAGCACAGAAAGUUUGAACAGCUCCGAAAGAGACACUACGAAAUGAAAAAUGUGGCCCAGCUCCUGGGCCACCCCGAGACGCUCCCGGAUGAGGAUGAGGAUGACGAGGGCGAGGUGCCGCCUGUGCCACAGGUACCGCGCGUGCCCAACGGCACUGCGUAG